CUGAACUCAAGACAAGACAGUAGAUAGCCGCUCAACACAAGCAUGGAAUAUUCCUUUCAGUCGGCACGUAUCCAGACAGGUGUUUCGUCACACCCUUCAUUUUCCAUAUCAGCGCCCAUUUCUAGAGUUCGGAUAGAGCAGCAUCGGAUCAAACGACCUCAUACAAAAUCGCGUCAUGGGUGCUUCAACUGCAAGGCCCGAAGAGUCAAAUGUCAAGAAACGCAGCCUCACCCCUGUGCCAACUGCAUCGGCCGGAACAUGCCGUGUAUAUAUCCUUCAAAUGAACUGUCGCUACGUCGUCGACAUGCCAGUCCGCAAGGUGGCCGCCAUAGACAACUGCUACCAAGGAGCCAUGAAUCUUCGUCAAGCUACACUAUAACACCAUCAUCUUCAACAGAGUCAGCAGUGGCAUUAAGCUCACAGCACCGUGUACUGCCUCAUACCUUCACUGCGGACGACUUACGGUCCUUUCACCACUUCUUGAUAGCAGCAUAUCCGUAUCUCCCUUUUGGGAGUGAGGAACUAUGGAAGACGAGUCUCCCGGCCUCUGCGCACAAGUGUCCCCACCUAAUGCAUGCAAUACUAUGUCUAGGAGCCACCCAUCUGUCCCUAGUCAUACCCGAUGGAAGUAGAUAUAAAACGCUAGCCGUCACACACCAAGGCCAAGCCCUGAGAAUGCUCGGCAACGAGCUAUCCAAAGGCGACCAAUGCAGCAAAACCGAGCUGGACAUAAUGCUAGCCACAGUAUAUGCGCUCACAUUCCAAGCCCACUAUAUGGCAGACGGGCUAGUCGACUUCGCCAUCAUGGUCCGAGGCUGCAGCAUCAUAACCCGGCGGAUCCUGAACAAACACAAAGGAAGCGACAUGUUUAAGUUGCUCACAUCAGAUGCCAUCCUUACUAACACUCUACCGCGCAUUCCUCCCACGCCAUACACCGACACCGAGAAUCUCAAUACAUCAAUCGAAACCAUACAAAGCAUCGAGCCAUUGUUGGCGUGUGAAAGCCACCGCAAUGCCUACACAGCGCUGUUCAACACGUACAACGCAUUGAAGCGCUCGGCGCGCGAUGGCUUCGUCGCUUUUACGGACUUCUAUGAUGACUGGGGGCGAAUGAGUAACCGGGAGUUUAUGGAAUUCCUCGAUCCCAGGAAUUAUGUCUCGCGUCUUCUGUUUGUCCAUUUUGUGGUCGCUUCCAUUAUGCUGCGGCCGGUGCUGCGGGCUCUGAAGGAACCGAGGCUGUUGAUGUUCCCGAAGGAGGAACUGCCGCUACUGCAGAGGGGUCUUGAUAUCUAUGAGGGCUUGCCUUCUGGGGUACGUGGGUUGGUGGAGUGGCAGGUUAACUUUAUCACCUUAGAUAAAGCUUUGCUUGAAAGUUCGAGCUCGAGGUCUGAGGAGGAAACAUCUGCAUUAAGUACGGUAUAGAAUGUGACUUAGAUGAAUUCACCUUGAAAUCCAUGCCAUUGGAAAGAAUAUAGCACAGAAAAAACUCAAGCAAAGGAGGGAAAAAAAAUCUAGCAAAACAGCAACCACUCUAAAGCUAUCAAAAUCCCAAACAAACAUGACACAAUCUAACAACAUCACCACCGUCUACACCCACAGCUACUUCGACCUCGCCCCAAGUCCAGCAGGAAGCCACCUAGCGGGAUGAUACCACCCCAGAAUCAUCAUGGCCAUCAACAUCGGCACGGCCUCGAGGACAUACAACGGCCACUCAUGCGUCCAGGUAUAUGUAUCCAUACCCAUCGAGAACUCAAUAACGCGAUAGAUCAGUCGAAUCUAGCGCGCAAGAGACACUGUUAGCAACCAACAAACAAUAGCGAAGAAAAAUGAAAAAAAG